GAACGAGACUCAUCAAAGUCAAACAAUGAAUCAAAGAAAGCACAGUGGUACCUCUUCCAGCCGUCGUUACCUUCUAGAUCACGAGGUAGGUCAUCGUCAAUUGAUGGCAGACUACUUCAAUCCUGGUUGUUUGUAUCCCCUAGAAAAGUUUCGUAGAAAAUUCCGAAUGAGACGCUCUCUCUUUGAUUGCAUUCUCGAAGAGGUAACUAGUGCUAACAAUUACUUUCAACAACUCCUCAUCAAAAGGUUACCGUAGAAAUGAGGAUGUUGGUGUAUGGCAAUGCUAUUGACACGCUUGAUGAAUACCUUUGAAUGGGAGAGAGCACUUCAAGGGAGUGUUUGAAGAAAUUCUGUGUCAUGCGCAUCUACGAAGCAGGAUUUCUUAGAAAACCAACACAAGAGGACAUUGACAGGCUCCUACAAAAAGGUGAGUCUCGUGGCUUUCCUGGUAUGCUUGGUUCAUUAGAUUGUAUGCAUUGGGAAUGGAAAAAUUGUCCUAGUGGUUGGCAAGGACAAUUUGUUGGCCAUUACCACCAUCCAACUAUUGUCCUCGAGGCAGUAGCCUCAUAUGACACUUGGAUUUGGCAUGCAUUCUUUGGAAUACCUGGUUCCCACAAUGAUAUAUCUGUCCUGGAUUGCUCUCAUUUGUUUGAUGAACUUGCUGAAGGUCAUGGUCCUACUGUUAACUAUUUUCUUAAUCAAAAGCCACAUACAAUCAGAUAUUAUCUUACAGAUGGUAUACAUCCCUCAUGGGGUACAAUUGUGAAAUCAAUAUCUCGGCCUCAAAUUAGAAAGCUCAAGUACUUUGCUACUAAACAAGAAAAAUAUCGCAAGGAUGUGGAGAGAGCUUUUGGGGUUCUCUAAGCUCAAUUUGCUAUUAUAAAGGGGCUGCUCGAACUUGGCAGUUAGAUUUUCUUGGCAAGAUAAUGAAGACGCAACAUGAUUGUUGAAGAUGAACAUUCAUCAGAGGAAGUAUCAUUACGUGAUAUGCCCGAAAAUAGUACGAGAAGGAAUGAAGAAGAUGAGUACAAAUCUCUACCCGAUGCUAAAGAUAUACAUCGACUUCCAGCGGACUUAGAUGUUUUCUUGGCUCGUUGCACGAGAUUAGGAGUAGCCGACACCAUGACGAACUCAAACAAGAUCUUAUUGAUCAUUUAUGGAAUCUUAGGGGCAGUCGGCCUUAAGCAGUUCUCAUUUUUUUAAGUGUGUUAUUGUUUCUAUUGUCUUAGUUGUGUUAUGUUUCUUUAAAUAAAAUAGGCGCCAGGACGGCCUCCUAGCUUCGAGCGGGUUUCGGUCCUCAUUUUAAUU